AUGCUCUCUGUUGUUUCUUCCAUCUUGAUCUCCGCUAUUAGUGAUGACGGUAAUAUCAGCGAUAUACUUGAAAUAGACGGGGAUGAACAGAUAAACACGCAAAAGAUAUUUGACUCUUCAAAUUUCAAUGGAAAGAGAAAUAAUAGAUGCUUCUUCCGAUGUACAAUCACGACAACUGAUUGCACAUUCAAGGACUGCUUUGCAUUUGGCGUUGGCCUGACAUUUGGAUCUGGCGGAGCUUUAUAUUUAUCUACAAGCAAUUUGAUAUCUAAAAACACUAAUUAUAUGUCUAAUGCUGCCAAUACCGGUGGAUCGUUAUCGAUUGUUGCAGGCGAUGCAAUCAUUUCCAAAAAUGAAUUUAUAAACAACGAAGCAAUAGCAAACGGCGGUGCAGUUCAAAUAACUGCAUCAAAGCAUGGCAUUUACACAGAAAUAGAUGAAGUUAAUUAUUCUUCUGCAGAUUUGAAAACAAUUAAUCCAAGAAUUUCAAUAUCUGAAGAUACAAUCUUCGAAAACAAUACAUGCAGAUCUCUUGGUGGAGCUUUAUACAUCCAAGCAGCGAACAUAAUGAUUGAAAAUACAAAAUUUAAUUUAAAUACAGCCAGGUUUUCUGGUGGAGCGAUCUACAUCACUAACACACAAUCAAACAUCAUCGGCUGUAACUUCACAUCAAACAAAUGCCAACAGAGGUCAGAAUUUGCUUUCAAGGAGAAAUCAUACUACAACCAACAAGUAUUUAACAGCGGAUGA